UUUUGUGUGUAUCUAUAUGUAUAUGUAUAUAUAUAACACAAAGGUGGUCGGCUUAUUCCUGUUCCUGUUCCUGUUUGAUUAGAUCUGUUCUCCAGAUCACUUGAGUAAUUAAUUGGUGUAGUUUAGUGUUGUCUUGUUUCUUAAGGCAGGGCAGGUGGAUGUGAAUUACAAGUGGAUGUGCAGGAGCAGGAGCAGGAGCAGAUCAUAUCUAUCCAUUCCAAUGGGGAGAGGGAAAGUGGAGCUGAAGAGGAUAGAGAACCCGACCAACAGGCAGGUGACAUUCUCCAAGAGAAGGAAUGGGUUGCUCAAGAAAGCCUUCGAGCUCUCCGUCCUCUGCGAUGCUGAGGUCGCCAUCCUCAUCUUCUCCCCCUCCGGCAAGCACUACCAGUUCUCCAGCCACCACAUGAACAGAACUAUUACCAGAUACAAAAUUCAACUCGGGAUCAACAAGCCUCCUCCUCCUCCCCCUGCAGAUAAUAUUAAUGAUUAUCAUCACCACCAAUCUGCUUAUGCUUCUGCUUCUAAUUCUGCUCCUGCACCCAUUACUGCCUUUGAGGCUUGGCGAAAUGAAAUUGAGGAGUUGAGAAUACAGGUGGAGGCACUAGAAGCAAAAGACAGGCAUUUAGCUGGGGAAAAUCUAAGCGGGUUAGGGAUGAAAGAGCUGAAGCAAUUGGAGCGCCAACUACGAGUCGGGGUUGACCGCAUUCGAUCUAAGAAAAGAAGCAUUCUCACUGACCACAUAAAUUAUCUCAAGAGGACGCAUAAAGAGCUCCAAGAAGAGAACAACUGUCUCCAGAAGAAGUUACACGGGCUUGAAGAGGGCGGCAACACAAACUUAGCCACAUUGGUAGAAUCUUCGUCAGUUGAAAUUACCUGCAGCAGGGUAGGGUUUUCCCAAGCUGCAGUAUGAGCUGGGAGCAGAGAAUUGAAGACUGCCAUGCAACCUGAAUAAGCCAGCCAGCCAGCCAGCCAGCCCGCCCUAUCGAGCUAGCUAAUGUAUGAAGGUGGCGGCAACUUAAGUUGGUUGUGGACACAAACUGUACUGACUUCCAACCGUUUAAUUUAAUUUGAUCUUAUAUAUACUAUUAAUUAGCACGUAUUGUUACUUUCUGUUUGAUAUAUAUAUAUAUAUAUAUAUAUAUGUGCCAAUUGAACUCAACUUCGAAUGUGUGUAGUGUAGUGUAGCACUGUAGCUAUUAUAGGUUCAUUUACGUACUGUUAGAAAUUAACCUGUACUAAAUACGUGCUCAUUCUCAUGGAACUGUCUUGAACCAUAUAACAUAAUUUAUUUAUCUACU